CCAGUGUUUUCAGUCGUCAAACGACAGCAUCCAACAUCAGUCGCUAGUUGCGGAAUCCACAGAAGCUUCAGAAUCGGCAGAAACAUUGUUUACCUGGGUGAUCUUACAAGAUGUUUGGCAGUCAUCGGUUUAUGCUCUGCUUCUUCUGCCUGGGCGCAGUGAUUAGUGUGUCCCUGGCCAUCGAGGAGUCCUCGGACAUAGAGGAGGAUGUGAUCAGCAUUGCCAACCAGACGCAGAAGGUGAUCCGCGUGCAUCCGCAGGACCUGCCUCCCAAGAAGGACAACACAGGCAGCCAAAUGAACUCGGCCUUUUUCCAGAUCCAAACGCUGCGUCCACCAACGGGAUCAGCUUCCGGUUCUGGACCCGUUUCCGGUCAGCGGCAGUACGUGGACUCCAAGCAGAUGCGGAAGAGGCGUCCUCGACCCGCCAAGCUGCUGGGUGGAAAUGGGAAUGGGAAUGUGGCCGCCAGUGGUGAAGAUGAGACGCAGCCAGCCUUGAAAUACCAACUAAAAGCCUUUCCCAAGCAGAAACUCAAGCAGCAGAAGCAACUAAACUUGGACGCUAGGUCGGCUGCAGGGGAGCAGGUGGAUCGGAUGGACCAGGUGGAGGUCCAAGGUCAAGUAUUACCCGUCCAGAUGACACCGGGCCCCUAUCCCAUCUACUACGUGGUGUCCAAGACCAACGGACGCUUCGGCAAGUUCCCCAUCAAGUCGUUUCGCUCGCCCUCGGAGUUCGCCAAGUAUCUUGUGAAGAGCAAGGCGGAGCCCAUCGCCCGGGAUCAGCGAUUCGAGAUGAUCUUGUGAUCUUUCCUGCUCCUCACCACUUAGUCAAAGCUAAAGCCUAAAUUAUUACCCCGUAAUCGUAGUCGUAACUAUAAUAUUAUAAAUGCUUAAUGCCGCAAUAAACCCAUGUCUAAAUUUAGCCAAUGAAACAAAA